GAUGGGCUUCUUCCAGACACUUCAGCAAUCAAGCCUCAAACGGACCUCCUUGAGGUCCGUUUCGCUCAUCCACCUCGGCAGCAAACAAGGCAGCAGUAACUUGGUCGACACAAAAGUAACCGGGCUUUGAAGUUCUCGUUCAAUCUCCUAGGUUUUGGGUCUCAAAGGAACUGUCUUUCUAAGUUAAGAUUCUGGUUUUCGGUGGAGCUACCUUGUAUAACCGAUAAAGAAUCUUGACUGGAAGGAAAGAUGCCACAUAGAACACGGCCGAUGACUGCACUCUUGGUGUUCUCUGGAAUCAAUGUGGUCUUGGUAUCAACCAUUACUCCAGUCUAUGAUUUUGUUUGCUUCCUUCCUUACUGGGAAAGAAGGAGAGAACGCCGCCGUCAGGAACGUCAAGCUGCCUUAACAAAGGAUUCCAAAGGAAUAGAGAUGGGUCUUGGAGUUGAUUCGGUGAUAUCAUUCCGCAGACCAUGGUGCCAAAGAUGCCAUCCAGGGGCCACAUUCCUUGCCUGGGAUUGCAAAAUGAAAAUAGUUUGAAUUGGUCAAUCGUUUUGCUAGCUGGAAUACUUACCUAACAACCCUACCUAUGACAUUCUAAUUUUAUGCCAAACAAGUUCAUGACGCCUUGAGCUCCCAGGUUCUGCAACAGGAAAGGGGUAAACAAAAGGGUUUAAUUUUUAGAUUUGAUUUUUGACAGAACACGUUUCAUGGAUAAGUUAGCAGUAAAUUGUGCCAGUCAUACAAGUUGAUGGUUUGUCAUACAAGUUGAUGGUUUGAUAAUCAUUCAAUCCUCCAGUGAAGCCAUUCAUGUUAUCUUUACUAGCAUUGUAAAUUAGCAAUUGGUACUUCUACUGACAGCCCCGAGGGGAAACUUGGAGGUUGAGGAAAUGCCUUGUUCCUAUUUCUUAAGGAAUCAAACAUGGAUCCGGAAUGAAGUUUGUAAAUAUUUCUCCCAUCAGUCUGGCAGUGUCAACUUUAGUAAUCUCUCCAGGUUCCUGCAGGACAGUUCAGCAAUAUUACAUGUGGUAAGGGCUGUUGCGAAUUCUCUGUAACAAUGUAGUAAACAAUAAAAAGAUCGGUGUGUUUACCUGAAAACCCUAGCAGCUCCACAUGAUUUCACCAGUGAUUUCUGGUCAGAAAUGGAGCGCUCAUGCUCACCAAAGCCUUCUCGAUCAGCCAUCACGUUGAAACGAGCUAAAUACCAAGCAAUCAUGGGUCAUGGGUAACUAGAAACCACCUGCUCUAUUCCCAGUAGUGAGUCGGGAAGUCCACCGGGGUCGCGUACUCACUCACUGAUGCGGGUGGUCAGAGCACUGUAGCUGCGAAGGUCAGGAGCUAUGCAACGAUAACUAAGGCAAGACAGGGGAGAUGGCAUCUCUAUUAAGAAGUAGAGUUCAGGGAACCCAUGAAGGAACAGGAUUACUGGGCCAGUUGGAGAAUU